UUUGGUGUUUUGCCAAUUUAUUUAUCAAAAAGUUAACAUUUUUUGCUUAUUUUUUUUCUUCUUUUACGUUCUUCUUCGUUCUUUUUUUGACUCAUUUUUGAGUCAUUUUCCUCAAUUUUUGUUCAAUUUUUGGUUAAUUUUAGAAAGGUUUUUGAAGAUUAAAAUGACUGACCAGCAAGAAAUGACUCCAGAUUCAUUUUUAAAAGAUGAAAAUGAAAAAAAUCCUGGUUCGUAUGAUGAAUUGCACAGAAAGUGCAAAGAAUUGUUCCCGGUCUGUUUUGAAGGAGCUAAAGGAAUGGUUCAAAAACCACUGAGCCAGCGUUUUCAGAUUUCUCAUAGUAUGAGCAUUUCUCAAGCAGCCACAGGUUAUCGUUUGGGAGCUACUUAUGUCGGCACUAAACUAACUGGUCCGGGCGAGGCAUUUCCUGUUUUGUUGGGUGAUAUGGAUUUGUUUGGGAAUACUGCUGGGACUAUUAUACAUCAAAUUGGACGAUAUCGGAUGAAGUUACAAGGACAAGUUCAAAUGAGUAAAUUAGCUGCUGCACAAGUUUCACUUGAACGGCGUGGACGCCUUUCAACAAUCGGAAUGACUUUGGCAAAUUUAAAUCCAUUUAAUGGCAAUGGUGUUUUUGUUGCUCAAUAUCUUCGAAGGCUGACUGAACGUUUAGAUUUGGGUGCUGAAUUUGUUUAUCAGAAGGAUCCGAGAAUGCCAGGAGGCCAAAUCAGCGCCCUUUCUUAUGCUGCUCGUUAUACUAUGCCUGAUUAUAUAUUUUCUGGAUCUACAGCAAUUAAUUCUGCUACAGCUUCUUUUACUACAGCUCAUUUAUGUUAUUACCAUAAACAGAGUGAUCAUUUGCAAUUUGGUGUUGAAUUGGAAGCGAAUUUUCGUAUGCAGGUUCAUACUGAUUUUUUUGUUGUUGUGUUAAUAAUGUUUGGGGGUCCCUUGUAAGAUAUCACUAGGAUUGUCAACUUGUCUCCAAGUAUAGUGAGUAAGGAUGUAGACACAGGGCCGAUUUCAGAGGGGGGGG